AUGCAGCACGACCCGAACGCGCAGCAGCAGCAGCAAUACGUGCACGACCCAUCGCAGCCGAUGCCAGUAUCGCAGACUCCGGCGCCCAUGUACGGCGAGAAGGCGCCCGACUACCACCUGCAGCCGCAGCAGACCGGCGCCCAGGGACAUCAAUUCCUUACCGCCAUGCCGCUCGCUUCGCUCUCGAGGAGUCCUGCGCCCGUCGAUUGUCCGUCGUGUGGUGCGAGGGCGCUGACCGCUUGCUCGUAUCAGAGCGGUGAUAACGCCCAUCUCUGGGCCCUAAUCUUCUGCUGCCUCCUGUGCGCGCCGUGCGUCCCCUACGUCGUCAAAUCGUUCAAGGACGUGCAGCACUCGUGCGGAAACUGUGCGGUGCCGCUGGCGUUAUGGCACAAGAGCGGCGGCGUCGACGUUCUCAUCCACGCCUAA